UUUCAAGAUGAUUUCUUCUCUGUAAUUAGCCAUCGGCUAUUAGCCAGUCGGAGAAUGUGCGUUAACAUCAGCAUAUAUUAUAUAACUAAUAACUGUUAAUAUUUCCUAACGGAUUGCCUUAAACAUUUGACAAUAUUCCACAUAAUUGCAUGUAAUGUCGAUGCUACUUUAUUGCUUAUAUAUACUAAAAUAUGUUGGAACCAAAAUAUAAAUUCCUGUAGUACAUUGUAUGUUUGAGACCAAAUAUUCAAUGAUGAAGAAGUAUGGUAAGAUUACAUGGAACUAACAUACUUAUAGGUUUGGGACACACACGAGAAUCCAGGAUGUGUCCAUGCGAACUACAUGUCCGCUACAACGGAUUACCGAAAUGUUCUGGACAAAAUCCGAGCAACUGUGCAACACUGUGCUAACGCUAGGUCAAGCAUUCACACAAGGUUCCUACAUGAAUGCCUGAACUAUUUAAAAAUCUCUGUGGUUGCAAAGGAAUCUCUGUCCGGGUUAUCCUCAAAAGACCAUCACACAAGGUCCAUGUAUCUGCAGAAUCUUCUCAAGGACCUCGAAGAUGCAUACAAAGAGGGGGAAAGAGCUCUUGAUGCCUUAGAGAUCAAAGGAAAUGUUGUUGAACAAGUUCAUCAAUAUCUUAACGAUGCUGCAAAUAGAGAGAAAAUUUUCACCUGGGACAAAGAUGGCAUUCCAAAAGGCAAAACAUUCGAUGUUUUGAAAUUGAAAGCAAGCGUUGCUAUACGGGAAUACAUCUCGGGCGGAAUUCGUGCUGCUAUUGAAAAUUGCAAAUCUGAGUUAAAAGAACUAACAGAAGCACUGUCCGUACUCUUCUUGAACAUCACGAAAAAAGAAGCCAAGAUGAAGGUUUUUUUUAAAAAAUAUCUUGAAAGCGACAACGAAUUGGCACAAGAAACGAGGUCGUUAAACAUAGAAAGCGACGAGGAGGAUGACUUACCCGCGCACGCAAUUGUUGCUUUAGUAGUUACUGCGCCUGUUUGGAUUCCGUUAGGUAUAGCUGGAUUGGUCACGGUUGCUCCAGUUGCGGCUGCAGUACAAGCUGGAAAAGAACAUUAUCUGAUUUCUACAUACAGGAAAAAACCAAAAGAAAAACUUGAGCAGUGGACAGUAGAAAUUCUUAAAAAAGAAUUCACAUCUAAAACUCUGGAAAGGACCAUAUUUGAAAAGCUGACUCAGAAGAUAAACGAGAAAAUGGGGAAAGUUUCAAAGUCAAUUACAAACUACAAGAGCAUAUUGAAACGUCUUGACCAAAACGAGCAAUCUGAAGCUGUAUUUCGUGGCUUUGCCGAGUUGAAAGAGUUAUGCUGUAGCCUUGAUGGCUUAUUGAAGGUGUUACAGCAGCCUAAGACAAAUAAUGAUAGGUUUUGAGGUCUGAGGUCAGAGAGUGAUGCAUACACAUUGAAAAGAGGCAAUUUUACUUUUUGAGAAAAAUUGAUAAUUAAAGGUAAGGCUGCAUUAAUGUCAUAGCAUUGCUACAAAACCUUCUACUAUCUACAGUUUCCGCUAAAUAACUUUAGCAAAUAUUAGAUAAGGCUUUUUUUCCCUUCGAGUUUCAUGCAAUACAUUAUGUCUCAACAGCACGAUAAUCACAUGUUUAAACCUAAUCUCAAUAAUGUUUACCUACAAUAUGUCCAUGAAUUUGCUUGUUGUCAUUUAUGUAGGAGUAAAACAAAUGCAUUACAUAUUCUGUAACUAUAAUUUAGUCUAAUUUGGUAAAAUUUAGUUCGCUUGCUUUUUUGUGACUCCCAACUAACCUCGUGUGGAUAUAUUGCUUUGUAUUUUUGAUACCUAAUGAACAGUCCCUAGACUUAAUAUAAAAACCCAUGUAUUUAAUACGCAAUCGACACGUAAGAUAGAUACCCAUCUUAGAGAUCAAGAGUGAUUUUAUCAAUUGAAAAACAAUUGUUAAAUAAUAGCUUUAGAAUAAAUUUUGGGUAUAAUUCUCCAUCGUUACGACAACAGACGAUCGCGGCCGCGAUCAUUGGUGAAAGAAUUUUUUUUUUUCAGAUGUCAGAUUUGCUGUUAUUGUUAAAACCCAUUUCCAUCGUUUGUUAUUGCGUGAUAUCAUUUUACAUUUUCACAUCACGUUAUAUACAGAACUGUUAGCCGGAGCAGAUAACUAUUAUUAGACUCUGAAAACAAAGUGACUUCACUCGAAUGUAUUGAUUGCAACAAUGUAUAUUUUGUAUUAAUUCAAUAAUGAGCAAAGACCUAAGGCGUAACGUUAACUCGCAUGCGUAUAGAUCCUUUGAUAAAUCAUCAAGUGAGACAACUCUCUUGAACGUAUAUUUCGAGCUUACGAAUUACGAAUGGAAGGUAUUUGGAUAUAUCUAAACUAUUUGACAUAUUGUGACACGUUUCCUGUUGAUGAAUUGUAUGUAAAAAAAAAUGAAAAACAGUGUAAACAUGGUGUGUAUUUUUGAAAAUAAGAAUAUUAGAAACCUUCAACCCUAAAAUUUGAAACAUUUACUUUUACAUCCAAAUUUGAUAUGAAUGCCACAAAUUAUUCACGGAUGUUAAAAUAUGUAUGAAAUCAAGGUGCGGUACAUGUAAGAUUGUUUAUGAAUGUAAAGACUAUGUUUUUGAAAAUAGUUUUCAAAAUAGAAAUGAGAUAACAUUUUAACUCUAAUUCAAAGAAUGUCAUUUGCACUUUAUUAUGUAAACCUUGCUGAUAAUUCUAUAUUAGAAAACCGGGUGUAAAACUACGAUUGAAUGUGCAAAGACACAAAAUGAAGGAAACUGAGUUUUGAUUUGUAAGAGUAAGCAACAUAUGCAUCAAUUUUCUAAGGAUGAUUUUUGUGCGUUACCUACCUACAAACUUGAUAGCGAUGAUCCAGUUACCAAAGAAUUUAACUAUUUUUUUUUACAAAAGCCCUCGAACCAAGCUUUCAUAAAUAAUAUUUGGUCAAUAUUGACAUGUUUUUUCUGUAUUUGUAUUGUUUAUGACGUAACUAUGAAUAUGCAUCGAUGACGUCAUUAAAAAUGUUAACUAUACAACUAUUGAUGUCGCCAUGUUACUGGCGCUGAUAAAUAAACACUAGUCCGUCUGAAGAAACCCAACAACACAGAAUGGCCAAGCGGCCAGUCUUGUGUACCUGAACCUUUUAUAUUUAGAUUAAAAUGUUUACAAACGACUGAUGUCGUGAAGUGUAUCACAUCUUAUUUGAUCUUUUUCAGUAUUUGCUAGAUUAGUAUGGUGGAUUAUAUCUUUUUUGAAUUUUGGUUUUAUUUACCUAAUUGCGUGAAGUUGAUCAUAUCUUUUUUUAUCUGUUUUAAUAUUUACUAGAUGGAUUGUAGUUGAUUAUAUUAUAUUUUAUCUAUUUAGCCCACCAUCAUCAGAUAGGUGGGCUAUUCAAAUCUCCUUGCGUCCGUGGUCCCUGUUCCAUGGUGCGUCCGUCCGUCCGUCAUUGAUUAAGAUGGAUGGCGUACAGGCAAACUCAUCAAACAGAUAAGAGAAAAGAAGAGAAAAGAUAAAACUAACAUAGAACUAAUGAAGAUGGUACGAUGGUGGGCGCCAAGAUCCAUCUGGGAUCUCUUGUUUAUUUACUUAAUGUCGUUUAGUGGAUCAUAUCUCAUUUUAACCUAUUUCAUCAUUUACAAGCCUCCUCUUCUCUGUUAAUAGCUGUAUUGUUAAAGAAAUGCAUGUUUAUCAGAUCAUAUAUCACAACGCUAUCAUGUUACUUUCAAAAUAACAAAGCCAAAUUAUAAUUUGAUAAAUUAAUCUAAUCUUAAUCUUUAUCGAAUGUAUGCAUUAAGAAAAUUGAUAUCGGUUAUGCAUCGCUAAUAAAACUGAUAACGAUGAAGAAAAGUAUAAAAAAAAAUCAUCCAAAAAUAAUGUUACUCGAAAUCAUGGAGUUUUGUUUUGUCUUUUCUGAAGUCGUUAAACAAUAUCUGUAUUAAGGAAAUGGAUAUUAUUAAAUGGAGGUAUUUAUGGGCAAAACACAUUCACAGGGGAAAGAAAAUCUACAUGAUAAUGAUAUUUCAGAUAAAGCUAUUGCUUAAUACAAAAUAUGAAAUAACAUAAUAGCAUCUGGUGUUUAUCAAAAUGUUUCUUACAAAUCAUAUUUGGGUUCCAAUGGUCUAAGUGAAGACAUUAAUUUACCAAACAAUAAAGAGGAAUAUCACUCAAUACUUGACUUGGGAAACUCAGGACCUAGUAAAUAUGGGCAUGUUAGUUUCAUAUCCGGCAAACUUAAAGGAUCACAAUUUAGUUAAGAAAUGUCACAGACCACGGCCAAAGCAUUUGCUUGAUAAAAUGUUACAACAUUGAAAAAAUAUAUAAAUAUAUCUACCGUGAAAUAUUUUUGCAUGACAGAUUGAUAUAGUAAAAACUAACCCAAUGCUAAGUUAAUAACUUGAAGUCAAACAGUUUUAAAUCAAUUCUACAAUAAAAAUAAAAAUAAAAAUAUGCAUUAAAAAGAAUCUAACAUAAACUACAAUUAAAAUUAUUCUUUUAGCAAAAGGUAAGAAUAUGCUUAUAUUUCUUAAAUCAGUAAUCUGACGCUAGCAAAAUGCAUUUUGUGAUUUAAAUAUAAAGGUAAAGGUUUGUACCUCAUCAGUAAUGGAAUAAAUACUAAACCUGGCCGAUUAACUUACAGCUGAGAAUCAUAAACAAGAAUAUGAACUGAGGAUAGGAGGCUUGGUCAAAGUAACAACGGAUGAUUUAAAGUUGUGUUUGUUUCAAAUAUCGAAUGUGAUUUCAAAGAGUAAUAAAAUAUUGAGUUACAUCAA